AUGCUCACGAAUCAUCAUCGGAAUUACAAAAAAAGGCUUGUCUCUUUGAUAUUGACGAAUGGUGUACUAUUAGUUGUGAAUUUACUCUUUCUGAUUUAUCCUGUCUGGUAUUUUGUGGAUUUCAUUUCAUCCAAAAUUACAAUUUCUCAUUCCAUUCUCUCUCAUGGGCAAAAAAUUAGAGAUUUGGAAUACAAGCCACCCACACCAUUACCAUCCAAGUUAGGUCCAUAUAUUAAGAUUCCAGACCCUUAUAGAAAUCAUUUUCAAAAUGUGAACGUAACGUUACCUUGUGAAUCAUCCAUGAUACUUCUUUCAUUUAGUGCUAAUGCUUCGAUUGACGUUUUAGUGUUCAGACAUGUUGAAAUGUUUGAAGCAUACAUGAAUUUGUCAAGUCCAAGUCAUUUACAUUAUUUAAAUGAAACAACACUCUCCCUGUUAAGAGAAUAUCCAUUAGACAGGAGUACAAUAAUGAUAUCUGAUAACUCAUUUGCAAGCAGAUUCUUUUCAACCAAAAUUUAUGACAGUAACACCUCUGUGGUCGACAGUCAUGAAUUAUGCAAAAAUGGAACAUUUGAAAUUUAUCUCGUAUUUAGAAAAUUAAUAACUCAACAAGAAUAUAUAUCUAUUGACUUUUGGUAUUGGUUAGAGUAUCAAGAUAAUAGAGGAUUUUUUAAAUUCAAUGUAGCAAUUUUAUUCGUGCUCUUCAUGAUGCUCUUUAACACAAUUUAUUUACUUAAUGCUAAAUCAUUGUUAAGGUUAUUACCGGCGUUAUCUGGAGGAGACGCUCAUAGUACGUUCUCUGAAAGAUUGAAAAACUUUUUGUCACUUGAUACAUGCUUGUGUUAUGAUUGGUGUUUACCAUCUCGACCAAGAAACCGUGGUCGAAUACACGCCCUCGCUUCCGGAGGUAGAUUCAUGAGCGAAGAGGAUACUCUCAAUGAACACCUUUCACCACCAAGAGCAGAGUCCAUUUCCUUCCACGAGUUAGCUUUCACUUCCUUCACAGGUAAGGAAAUUUUACAUCCUAUCAGUGGUGAAAUAGCUGCUGGUCGUCUUACUGCGAUUGUGGGAAAGAGUGGUAGUAGCAAAUCAACCUUUAUCAACACUCUCUGUCGAAGAGCGAGUCAUGGGCUACAGAGUGGAAAAGUAUUUGUUUCCGAUAAGGAAAUUACUCGAGAGACUUGUCAAAUGAUUGGUUUUGUCCCUCAGGAUGAUAUUAUUGCGAGUGACAUUACUGUGAGAGAAGCUCUAGAGUUUAGUUUACGCUAUCGAAAAAGAAGACAAUUUUCUUCACAGCACAUAAUUGACACGCUUGGAAAGUUAGGUCUGCUUCAUGUACAACAUUCUCUUGUUUCUGAAAUUAGCGGUGGUGAAAGAAGAAGAACAUCGAUUGGCAUUGAGAUAGUCAAUGAUACUCCCAUACUCAUAUUGGAUGAACCAACGUCAGGAUUAGAUUCUGAGACUGCAUUGAGUCUUGCCCUUACUCUUCGAUCCCUCGCCGAAGACAACCACUUGACCAUUAUUUGCGUGAUCCAUCAACCCUCAGCUGAAGUAUUUCAACAAUUUCAUAACAUGUUACUCUUUUCCGAAGGACAGUUGUUACUACAUGCUUCAGUGAAUGAUGUCAUUGAGACACUGAAAGAGAAAAUCCCCGUGAAUGAAAUUCGAUUAAACCCAGCAGACGAAAUUUUACGAACCUUAAUUGAUCCAAUUAAUGGAACUCCCAUCCUCAGGGCUAUUCAGAAAAAACAAGAAGAAGAGAAAAGUACUACUAGUGUUGAAUUGGUAGGCAGUAGCAACAACAGUUCUGAAUCCUCUCAGGACUGUACAUCUAAUUACAUUUCUGGUGACUUCUCAACUGCUCCUUUUUGGGCUCACUUUGUUGCAUGUAUGGAUCGUUCUUUGCGACAGUUUUUUAGAAAUUGGAGAUUACUAAUUGUCGAUAUUCUUAUUUGUGUUGGUAUUGGAGCAUUGAUUGGCUCAAUUUUUAACAAGCUAGAAUUUAAAGGUUCAGUGAGUGAGGAAGUUUUCAAACAAUGUCCAUUAAUUCUCAGACCGUUUUCAAUGCUUCCCAUGUCCGAUAAGAUUGCAGCAUUUGUUACUUUUGUGGAAUUAGCACUUGCCAUGAUUGCCAUUAUGCGAGCAUUGAGAGUAUUUGGACAUGAUAUGGAAAACUUUAAACGAGAGUCUUUUUCAGGACUUAAUUCAUGGAUGUUCUUUGCAUCUAAGGAUUUGAUAAGCUUAAUACCGAUCGUACUCAUUUCCUUGUCAUUCACGGCUGGAUUAUUUAUUUCUCAUCCCCAAGCAAGUUUUGGAAUUUAUUAUCUCAUUUCAAUAUUGACCAUUUUAGCAUCCUUCCCAAUAGGAUACAUGAUAUCAUUCUUUUUCUCUCCUCAUACUGCUCAAUUAGCAGCAACGAUGGUAGUACUGUUGUUGUACUCAAUUUCAGGAAAUCAACCCACUCUUCCUGAGGUUGAACAAUUACCCUUUCCAUUUUCUUAUUUUCACAUUUUCACCUAUUUAAGAUUUGUUAAGGGAUUGUUGUAUAUGGUUGAAAUUGAAACGAGAAGUCAAACAGAACGUAUUGAUUCUGCCUUGUUUAUCAACGGAUACGAGAUUGAGUCUGUUGGUUAUUAUUGGUAUGCCAUGAUAUUUUGGUGCGUUCUAUUUCGAGUUUUUGCUGUGUUUUUAAUGUGGCAAUUACAGCCUCACUCAUUAUUGAAUCGAUCUAUCAUGUUGUUCAAGGCAGUCGGAGGAAAGAUGGUUCAAAAAGUUAAGAGUGCAACUGCUGAAAUGAGAGAUGACAUCAUGUCAUCAUCCACCGCAAGUGAUAGAAGAGUAUAA